AGAAAGAAUCAAACCCCAACAGAAUAAAAGGGCGUCUCACAGUUGUUUCAUGAUAUGAAAAGCAGAAAACACUAUCAUGAUAUCCCUAGGCGAUGUCUACCAUGUUGUGGAAGCCACUGUCCCUUUAUAUUUUGCCAUGAUCUUAGCCUAUAUAUCUGUGAAAUGGUUGAAACUUUUCACGCCAGAACAAUGCUUGGGCAUCAACAAAUUCGUGGCAAAAUUUUCAAUCCCAUUACUAUCUUUCAAAGUGAUCUCAGACAACAACCUCUACAAAAUGAACCUGAAAAUUUUGUAUGCAGAUUUCCUUCAAAAACUUCUCGCUUGCUUUAUAUUGGCAACUGCAGCCAAACUGAGUUCCAGAGGAAGCCUGGUUUGGGUCGUAACGGGUCUUUCAGUCUCAACAUUGCCUAAUACUUUGAUCCUGGGAAUCCCGCUUCUGAAGGCCAUGUUCGGAGAGGAAGCAGUAGAGCUUCUUUCCCAGAUAAUCGUUCUCCAGAGUUUAAUUUGGUACAACCUCCUACUGUUCUUGUUCGAACUCAAUGCCACAAAAGAAUCUUACAUGAUUCCAUCAUCAGAGAUUGAAGUGGAGCAAGAGGCACCUGAAGAAGCACAGCCAAAGGAAGAAGGAGAAGAGGAAGGAGAAACCCGAUCUCCAAGAAAGAUGAAACUUAUGCAUAUCCUAAUAUCUGUAGGAAAGAAGUUCAUAGCCAAUCCCAACACCCAUGCAACUUUGGCGGGUCUUAUUUGGGCAAGCAUCCGUUUCAGGUGGGGACUGUCUAUGCCAACAAUUGUUCAAAAAUCAAUAUCAAUAUUGUCAGAUGGGGGACUUGGAAUGGCAACUUUCAGUCUAGGCCUUUUCAUGGCUUCACAAGCUAGCAUUAUACCAUGUGGUACCAAAAAGGCUAUAUUGGCCAUGGCCAUGAAGUUUUUAGGUGGACCAAUUCUCAUGUCAGCAUCAUCACUUGCUAUUGGGGCGAGGGGAAAAUUGCUUAGAAUUGCUAUAGUGCAGGCAGCUCUUCCACAAGGAAUUGUUCCAUUUGUGUUCGCCAAAGAGUAUAACGUGCAUCCAGACAUCCUCAGCACUGGGGUAAUCUUUGGAAUGCUGAUUGCCUUGCCAAUUGCAUUGGGAUACUACUUCCUCUUGACAUUAUAAGUUGACACAUUUGACAAGGAACUUGGAGUCUCAACCGAUUAAGAGAAAACAGCUUGAUUACUAAGUGUAGCAUGAAGAAUUACCAAGAAAAAAGCAUGUAAAUUUUAGACUUCUUUCAUUCUUUAAGAAACUGAUGACAAUUCCUAUAUUAGCAUACAGGCAGCAUGUAUAAUAAACAGACAAGAAAGCCAUUAACUUGAAUUGUUUUAUCCCAUA